AUGAGGUUUUUGAUAACAGUGUUAUAUACCUAUUAUAUUUUAUUCCAUUACGUUUUAAGUCAAGAAAUUGAAUAUUAUCCUUCACAAGCCUCUUCAGUAAAAUCAGUUUCUGAAUUCAAGUUGAAACCUUAUAAACAUAAACACGAUCUGUAUAAAAGAGAAGCCCAAUGGAGGAAAUUUAAUAUUAACGAUGAUGAAGAGUUAAGAAAUAAAACUCAAAAAAGAGCAAUAGAUCCAGUAUUUCAUGGACAUCCAAAAACCAGAGAAGAAAUGUGGAAUGAACGAUUUAUCAACGAAAGUUUGGCUUUCGAUCAAAGCCCGUCCUUGAUAAGUCUUAUACACAAUAUAACGAUGACGUAUCUAAAUGACUGUAUCCCUAUUAUUCUAUACGACAGUCAAGUAAAGUCAAAGGAUAGCUACUUAUUUCAGAACUUGCUUAAAGACUUCCCAGUAGCGUAUGUCCAUGGGUACAUUAAUGAGAACAAUGAAUUAGCAGAGCCUAAACUUGUGCAUGCUGCAAAAGAGUGUAUACAUUUCAUUGCUUUCUUGUCUGACGUAACUAAGAGUGCUAAGAUACUGGGAAAGCAGGCGGAAAGCAAAGUGGUUAUAGUCGCCAGGUCCUCGCAAUGGGCUGUCCAGGAGUUUCUAGCUGGACCGCAGUCUAGGGUGUUUAUUAAUUUGAUUGUCAUUGGGCAGAGUUUUAAGGAUGGUGAUGAUGAUACAUUAGAAGCGCCUUACAUUCUCUACACUCACAAGCUGUAUACCGACGGUCUUGGUGCCAGUCAGCCUGUGGUACUUACCUCUUGGUCCCACGGCAAAUACUCCAGACAGGUCAACCUGUUCCCUCGCAAGAUGACAGAUGGCUAUGCGGGGCACCGGUUUGUGGUGGCUGCGGCCAAUCAACCGCCUUUUGUCUUCCGGACUAUAAAAACGGACGCCGACGGCGGCAACCCAAGAGUGGUGUGGGAUGGUAUUGAAAUAAGGCUCCUCGCACUGCUGUCUCAAAGAAACAACUUUUCCAUUGAAAUAAAGGAACCACAAGAACCACAUUUGGGACCAGGCGAGUCAGUGCUGAAGGAAAUCACAAAUGGCAGAGCCGACAUAGGGGUUGCCGGAAUUUAUUUAACAAGUGACAGAACCAGAGAUACAGAUAUGAGUUUCUCUCAUUCAUCUGAUUGCGCCGUCUUUGUCACUCUUAUGUCCACAGCGCUACCAAGGUAUCGAGCAAUUCUAGGUCCUUUUCACUGGACUGUCUGGCUGGCACUAACGUUAACGUAUCUCUUCGGUAUCUUCCCUUUAGCGUUCUCAGAUAAACAUACAUUAAAACACUUGCUUCACAACAGUGGUGAGGUUGAGAAUAUGUUUUGGUACGUUUUUGGGACGUUUACCAACUGUUUCACUUUUGUUGGGAAAAACUCUUGGAGCAAAACUACGAAGAUUACAACGAGGCUAUUGAUCGGUUGGUACUGGUUGUUCACAAUAAUCAUCACAAGUUGCUACACCGGUUCUAUUAUAGCCUUCGUCACCUUGCCCGUGUUUCCGGAAACGAUUGACAGCAUUCAACAAUUAUUGGAUGGAUUUUAUCGAGUUGGAACUUUAGAUCACGGUGGUUGGGAAAAAUGGUUCCUCAACUCCUCGGAUCCUAAAACAAAUAAACUGCUCAAAAAAUUGCAACUGGUAGGAGACGUCCCUUCAGGAAUCAGGAAUACAACAAAGACGUUUUUCUUGCUGCCCUUCGCCUUUUUGGGGUCGAGGGCAGAACUGGAAUACAUCAUACAGUCAAAUUUUACUGAAGCUAAAAAAAGCAAAAAGGCCCAGCUUCAUAUCUCCAAUGAAUGUUUUGUACCGUUCGGAGUAUCUUUGAGCUUUCCCAAUAAUUCUCUGUACUCAUCCAAGCUUAGUGGAGAUAUCGCAAGAAUUCUUCAGAGCGGUCUUAUUGAUAAAAUUGAGAAUGAGGUGAAAUGGGAAAUGCAGCGCACGCCGUCGGGAAAAUUCUUAUCUGCAGGUUCUGGUUCAUUGAAGCUAGGGGUGAUAGCAGAAAAGGGCCUAACGUUGGCAGACACCCAGGGUAUGUUCCUCCUUCUGGCUGCUGGCUUCGUCCUCGCAGCUACCGCAUUAAUCUCCGAAUGGAUGGGUGGUUGUUCCCGAAAAUGUCGACCACAAAAGAAGGAAGACACGCCCUCUAGUGCUCACUCCAGAGAACAACUGAUACAGACACCAAACUCUGACGUUGAUACAGAAAUAAAAGUGAUCUCAGAUAGCGCUGAGAGUAGGUUCCGCCUUAACCCGAGACCCGAUAGUGAAGAUUCUAGAGACAGCUUGGAAGGAGCUAUUAUAAACGUUACUAAGGAAAGCAUUAUAAUCCACGACAAUUUCCAUGGAUCUACUGGCUGGGAUUCAAGAAGGUCAAGCUCUGUUGAUAUUGAGAAAGAAGUUCAAGAGAUUUUUGAAAAGGAUGAGAAGAGACGAAGAAUUAAAUCUGGAAAUAUUCCUUUGACGGAUAAGCAAAGGGAGGCUACUGCUUCCAAAGGAGCUUUUGGUGAUCAUUUAUCUGACCAUUAA